AUGAGUAAUGCAGGAACUCAUCUUGGAAAUACACCAUUGAAUUUGGCAAAACUUAGAGAACUUACUAGAAGAAAAUUACCAGAAAUUUUAGAUAAAGAUCAUGGUGUUGAUAAAAUAUAUCAUCUUGAAUCAGAUAUACUUGAAACAGACUGUCCUGGUUUGAUUUAUAUUUGCCGACCCAAAUUAAAAUAUAUGCGAUAUAUAGCUAAUCAUAUCAAGCAGUUUUCAAAAAAGUCAAAAAUGGAUUUUUGGUUAUUUUUUGUACCUGAACGUACGUUAAUAUGUGAACGUGUACUUGAGGAAGAAGGAGUAAAAGGUGAUAUUACGAUUGGGGAUUAUACUAUGGAGUGGAUACCCUAUGAAGAUGAUUUAAUCUCUAUGGAAUUAGGUCCAUCUAUUUGGAAAGAAAUAUAUUUGGAUGGAGAUCAAACAGCUAUUUAUUAUGCUGCAAAAGCAUUGAUAAGACUUGAAUCUAUUUAUGGAUUAUUUCCACGUAUUCUUGGUAAAGGGGAUGGAGCAAAACAAUUGGCAAAUAUGUUAUUACGUAUGAGAAAAGAACAUUCUGUAGUAAAUGAAGUUUCAAGUAUAACAGCAGCCAAGAAUCCAUCAUUAUUAAAUACAGUAUCAAAUCAUAUUGACCAAUUAAUUAUCAUUGAUCGAAAUGUGGAUCUGAUUACACCAUUAUGUACUGAACUUACAUAUGAGGGAUUAAUUGAUGAAAUUUUUGGUAUCAAGCAUUGUUUUAUAGAGUUGGAUGCUGCACUUGUAAAUCCUGCUCAAUCACCUGAUAAAACACCGAAUACGCCUUCUGCAUCAGUACAACCUGCAGUCCCCCUUUCUUCAACACUAAAAAAGAAAAAAUAUGUAUUGAAUUCCUCUGAUAAAUUAUUUGGACAAUUGCGAGACCAGAAUUUUGCUGUAGUUGGUGGUAUGUUAAACAAGAUUGCAAAGAGAAUCAAUGAAAAUUAUGAGGAGAGACAUAAUGCAAAAACAGUAGCUCAAAUUCGUGAUUUUGUUGGACGAUUAAUUACAUAUAUAGAUACAGGAAUUGCAGAAGAGAUUAUAAGUCAUACAGUAACAGAUGAAUUUAAUAAAAUAUUAGAAGUUCAGCAAAAUGUUGUUGCAGGCAUUGAUGGAAAUAGAGAACCUGAAUAUAUAGAAGAAAUGAUAAAUAAACAAAAACCUUUAGUUCAAGUACUUCGUUUACUUUGUCUCAUGUCACUUACGCAAGGAGGCAUAAAACCAAAGUUAUUUGAUCAUUUUGAAAAGGAAAUUGUUCAGACGUAUGGUUAUGAGCAUGUCGAGACUCUACAUCGAUUAGGUAAAUUAGGACUUUGGACUAAACGAACAAAUACAGCUGCCUCUCGAAGUGCAUUCUCGCAAUGUAGACGUUUACUACGACUUAUAGUAGAUGAUGUAGACGAAUUACACCCUAAUGAUAUAUCCUAUGUUUAUUCGGGAUAUGCGCCUCUAAGUAUUCGACUUGUUCAAACUGCUUUACAAAAGUUAUUAUCCACAGGGACCAUUCCAUCUACAAAUAGUGCAGCUAGUUUAUUUUCAUAUGUUGGUACAAGUACGGUUCAUUUUAUGAGAGAUAAUAAUAGUGAGACAAAAUCCAGUAGUGGUGGUUGGCAUGGAUCGGAGGAUGUUUUAAAAUUAUUGCCAGGCCAAACAUUUGAUUUAAAACAGACAGUUGAAUAUGGAGCUGAAACAAACUUGGCAAUGGCAAGAGCGAAACGACAUGGACUUCGACAUAAUAAAACAACUAUUAUCUUUUUCUUAGGUGGUUGCACUCAUACCGAAGUAUCGACUAUUCGAUUUUUAGCUCAGCAAGAUGAAGGUCGAGACUAUUUAGUAGCAACUACACAAAUAAUAAAUGGUAAUUCUAUUUUAGAGCCAAUUAUUCAAAAAAGACGAGAAUAA